UUGGGACAGUUUGUCCACAGAUAGUGUGACAGUGAUCAGGAUGCCUGGAGUCAAUGGCGUCAACUUGGAGGGGUCUUGUGAGGCCUUGUGUCGAACCCUGGUCUCUCACGACAGCCUUCAGAGAGAGACAGCUGACAUCUCCCAGUCUGUCCUCUACACUUCACUGAUGGGCCUGCUUCUGGUCGCUGACAAUGAGAAAGCGCAGAUCACCAUAGGGAGUGGAAGAGUUGGACUUAGAAACACAGGAAACACAUGUUUCCUGAAUGCAGUAGUGCAGUGUUUGUCUCACACAUGUGGACUACGGGACUACUGCCUCCUCAGGUCCUACAGGCAUGAGAAAUUCUCCAAAGAGGAUGCCAAGCUCAUGGAAGCAUUCUCUCAGGUGCUGUUGGACCUUUGGGAUGUGAGUGAGCGAGACACUGCAGUUAAUCCACGGCACUUUUACAAUAUUUUUAAAGAAGCAGUGCCUCACUUCAGUGGUUACAGUCAACAGGAUGCUCAGGAGUUUCUCAGGUUCCUGUUGGACAAGCUGCACACAGAAAUCAACCGCAAACCCUACAUUCAACGAACAGGGAAGCAACCUGAACAAAACAAUGCCACAUUUAGACUUUCAGAAGAGGCAUCUGCCAUGUGGAAGAAGCACUUGGACAGAGAUGACAGCAGAAUAGUAGACCUGUUCUCAGGCCAGCUGCGGAGCUCGCUGCAUUGCUCUAUGUGCUCCCACUACUCCAACACAUUCGAUGUGUUCUGUGAUCUGUCGCUGCCCAUCCCUAAGAGGAGCUAUGCAGGGGAGGUCACACUGAGUGAGUGUCUGGACCUCUUUUCUCAGGAGGAGAAACUGGACAAGGAGAAUUCACCAAUGUGUGAGAGGUGUAACAGGCACACAGAAUGCACCAAGAGGCUAUCAAUCCAAAGGUUUCCUCAGGUCAUUGUGAUCCAUCUGAAUCGUUUUACGACAUCACGGUGGUCUAUCAGUAAAAGCACAGCAUACGUUUCCUUCCCACUCACUAACCUGGACCUUGGACCCUACGGACCUGUCGACUGUGGCCCGGUUUUGUAUGAUCUAUAUGCGAUAUGUAACCAUGCUGGGACAGUGAACACGGGCCACUACACAGCCUGCUGUUUAGAUGAAAAUGGUUGGUGCUUCUACAAUGAUUCCAGUGUGACUCAAGUCUCAGAGAACCAGCUUCAGACCAAUCAAGCCUAUGUGCUGUUCUACCAGCGCAGCAACAGCACAGCCACUGUCAGGAAAUAGACCUCAGAUUGGCUGAGUCAGGCAGCCAAUCAGAGCAACUUUACCUCCAGUGCCCAUAGAAACCCUUGACUGUAUAAUAGAAACAAGUAGAAGCAUCAGUGCUUUAAAAUUGAUGUGUAGGAACCUCUCAAAUUUCAUUAUGCAUGCCCUCAAACUUUGAGAAGGACACAGGAGCUGUGUUCAUUUUAAGGGGGAUUCUAAACAGUCAUCUCCCCUUCUGCUUUUGAGUGAGAGAGCUGAGAUAGCUCAGGCAGAAUAUUGUCAUAAGAGUCUUAAGACUGUCCUAGUUCUUAGGCAGGAGUGAGUGAACACUCUACACAGAUAAUUGUGAUUCAUGCUUGUUAACAUAAACCCAAAAUAAUUCCAUCUAUUUCUAUUCCAUCUCGGAUGGAAUAGAAAGUAGGACUUUGUUGUGACUUGUUCAAAUUCCUUGUCUACAUUCUAAGCCACAAUUUUGUGGACAUGUACUGUACUUCUUUGAUUUAAUAUGUAAAUAUCUAUGCUGUUUUUUUUAUUUAUUUUAGAUUUCUUCUACAUGGACAGGUAACCCUGAAACUUUAAAAUAUUGAAAUGGGCUAUGUUUUCCCUCUACAUUGAACAUUGGCCUAUACCUAUGUGACUUACUCUGUCUCCAUGACAACAAACAAAUAACAAUAAGCCUUUUACCAAAACACGCACUCAUUCAUGGCUCUUACAAUAAAUAAAACUACCAAUAUGCUGCAUAAAAAAUAACAAUAAUCAUAUUCCCUUACAUGUAAAAGUUCAGCUUACUUGAAGUAAA